UCCAUUUAUCAUCACUCCUGUGAGACUUUUGAAGUGCUAACCUAGCACCUGUGUUUACUUAAUACCUGCCAUUCUCUAGACAGCAUUCUCAUUGCCUCAGCUAAAGGAUUUCCCCUUCAGAAUCAGCAGCUAAAUGAGAUCAUGAUUUUAGAAGGAACUGACAGAAUGAGUAUCAAUUCCAGCAGCAAUCUACUCCACCAGCAGCCUUCCUGGACAGAUGGAUAUCCUACAUGUAAUGUGUCUGGCAGUUUCUAUGGAACUCAGUGGGCUGAGAUACACCCUCAAUACUGGACCAAGUACCAUGUGUGGGAGUGGCUACAGCAUUUCCUGGAUACCAACCAGCUGGAUGCCAACUGCAUACCUUUCCAGGACUUUGACAUCGAUGGUGAACACCUGUGCAGCAUGACUUUGCAUGAAUUCACCCAGGCAGCUGGAACAGCUGGUCAACUUCUUUACAGCAACCUUCAGCACUUAAAAUGGAAUGGUCAGUGUGGCAGUGAAGUGUACCCAUCACAUAAUGUCGUUGUUAAAACAGAACAAACAGAUCCAUCCAUAAUGGCCUCCUGGAAAGAAGAGAAUUAUUUGUAUGACAGAGGUUAUGGUAGUACAGUAGAGUUAUUGGACAAUAAAACUUUCUGUCGUGCACAGAUUUCCACAAAUUCUACCAGUCACCAGCCUCUUGAGUCUUCAGAUGAGAAAAAAACACAAGAUCAUCCCCCAAAGUCCCACACCAAGAAGCACAAUCCUCGAGGGACUCACCUCUGGGAGUUUAUCAGAGAUAUUCUCCUGAAUCCAGAAAAGAACCCAGGAUUAAUAAAGUGGGAAGACCGGUCUGAAGGUGUCUUCAGGUUCUUAAAGUCUGAGGCAGUGGCUCAGCUCUGGGGAAAGAAGAAAAACAACAGCAGCAUGACUUAUGAGAAGCUCAGCAGGGCCAUGAGGUACUAUUAUAAAAGAGAAAUACUGGAGCGUGUGGAUGGCCGGAGAUUAGUCUAUAAAUUUGGAAAGAAUGCCCGUGGCUGGAGAGAAAAUGAGAACUGAAGAUGUCAACAAAAACAGCAGCAAAAUCUGGUAAAAUGGACAUAAAUAUUUCAAAGACAAUUCUCUUCUAUUUAUGUACCAAAAUGGGAAAAGAACACUACUUCUAACAGGAAGAAUGAACACUAUCAUCGGUGUCAAAAUUAUUUUAAAAAAGCGACGAGGAGUCCUCUGGCACCUUAUAGACUAACAGAUGUAUUGGAGCAUAACCUUUCAUGGGCAAAGACCCACUUCAUCAGAUGCAUGUAAUGGAAAUUGUUUUAGUUGAAGUAUGUCCUAUAUGGGGAAAAUUGUACACAGUGUUCUGUGAUAUAUGAUAACAUUAUUUGAUUUUGAUUAAUUUUCCCAUUGUGUGACAAUUUUUCCUAGAUAGUACAGGAGUAAUGUGAUUUAUGACAAUGCUGUGAGCCAUGCAGGUAAACAGGGGGAAUCAUGGGGCAUUAUCUAUUUUUGAGUAAAAGAAUUUAAAAUAAGGCAGCCUGCUUUCUGCACAUGAAAAAAAUAAUUAUUUCUGAUGUUGCUUAUCUUUGUAAGAGGACUCUCAGGCAAUUGUUUAGUUCAGAUCAUAUUAUUUCAACAAUGGGAUACCUGUGGCAUAUAGAGCAACAUAUGAGUUUGCUGGAGCAUGUUAAUACACUUAGCGAGUGAACUUUAAAUGGAAAAAAUAGCAAUUCUGAGCCAUUCGGUCGUUUUAAUAAAUUCCUAGACCAGAAGGGACCAUUGUGAUCUCCUAGUCUAGUGUCCUAUAAAAAAACAUAAGCCAUAAAACUACCCCAAAAUAAUUCUUAGAUCUUUUAGAGAAAUAUCCAGUCUCAAUUUAAAAAUAGUCAGUGAUGGCGAAUCUGCCACAACCCUUGGUACAUUGUUAUAAUGGUUAAUUACACCCACUGUUCAAAACGAAUGCCUUAUUUCCAGUCUGAAUUUGUCUGGCUGCAAUUUUCAGCCAUUGGAUUGUUUUAAACCAUUCCUGUCAAGAUAGCCUAUUAUUAAAUGUUUAUUUCUUGUGGAGAUUCUUAUAAAAACAAAUAUUCCAUACUCAC